GUCUCCGCCGAGCUGCGACCGUUCUCCGGAGUUCGGUCUCCGCACAGCAACGACUCUGGAAUCAAGAUUCAAUCAUUUAAAUUUCUGGCCCACACGGGCUCUGUUUCAGUCCCCACGAUGAUCGAUGAGUCUAUGAAUACAUUUGAGGAGCUGAGGGAACUCGUGGACGUCUCCCUCUUCAGCCGACCGGUUCCUCACUCUGGCGCCUCUGUGCAAUGGCGAAACGCAAAACGCAGGUCAACUGGAAUGCAGACGAUGUCUAUAGUGCAGAGCUCGUCGUCGGUGCGCGAAGAGUGGAUGCAGAUUCCUCACCUCCAAAGUUCAGGAAGGGAGUGUCUGGUCAGCGCAUUGACUACACAUCUGAUGCCUGGGAAUACCUGGUCAAGUGGCAAGGAUACAGCGACCUCGACAACACGUCGGUCUCAUUCGUCACACCGGUGUUGUUCCACAUCUCAAACGAACUUUUUAGAUGGGAACCUAUCGGGAAUUUCUCCGAAGAAUGCACAGUCCUCAUCCGAAAGUUCUGGAAGCACGUGGGCCGAGAGCUAUUCUACACAGACGCCGCCGACGCCCAGAUCUCCGCGCAGGCUUAUUGGAUUCGGGAUCAACUUUCAAAAGCCAGAGCCAAGCGUAAACGCGAUGCUGCCGAAGAAGAGGCACGACUAUUAAAGGCGCUAGAGAAGUCUAAGGCCAGAUCUCGAAGCAAAAUCGCGGCACGGGAGACUCCAGACCCGAUCGCUGAAGAAAACACUCCUAGUACGAGCGAUAUCGCUGUAAACGAGCCAGCCAUUCCCUCGGCUCGCAUUCCAUUGCCUAAGCGAACAUACUCUACGACACCUCGGAUCAAAUACUAUGAGUGCGAGCUCACUGUAGGCAGCGCUCUUAGCACCAAAACUCGGCUGGGAAGGUCUGUGGUGGCGCCUGCAAUUUCUCGGGAAACUUCUGCGCAAUCCCAUCCGAUCUCUACGACUGAUGAUGUGGGAACUCAAGCAGAGCACAGUGAAGCACGUCCGAUGCCUAGCCUCAUUCCAGAGUUCCCGGCUUCGUCCUCCGGUAGCUCAGUAUCGGAUACCUUACUUUCCGAUACCAACGAUACUUUCUCUUGCCCGGCACCUGACCGCGGCAGCGUGUUGAUCGAAAUCGUCCCUUCGAUGACUGGGAUGAGAACGAUCGACAUGGAAGUGGACAUCGUCCAAUCAGUAGAUCAAGAUGAACUGCUCGACGACGUUUCUCCCGCUCCUGUGGUCGCAUCAACACCCAGCUUACGAAGUUGGCACUGGGCUGGAGGUAUUCUGGUCGGACAAGAUCCGAUUUCUCUGAAUGCGAAGGUUGUGGAAUCAAGUCCUCCUCCUGCUCGUUCUCUUGUCAUCGGCUCUUUUGUGGUGGACAAGCAAGACAUUGUCCUCAACUCCUUUUAUGAUAUGAACGACAUUCUGCUCUUGACAUCGACACUCUGUGAACCUGCCACUCAAUUUGCGCGUAUCGAAGAUCCUAUGUCCCCCGGUUUGCAAGCAUUUUGCAGAUAUAUGAUAAAGAAACAACAGUCUGCGCUCGAGCCGGCUGUUCUAGACGGAGAACUCGUUAUCGGAUAUCUUUGCGUCUUUCCAUCGCGCUCGACAGUUCUGAGCACAUGUCUCGGAGUUCACGCAAGCCUACUCGGGACUGGCGAUGAGCUCAUCGUGGGACUGCUUCCCUUCAAACGAGCCAUCGGCUGUCACUCGGUGAACAUCAAGAAAGCAGAUCAAUCUCGACCCACUCAGCAAAGUCAUCUGCCCAUGCACACCACGCCUCAUCUUCAUCUUGGCUUGAGGAUCUUGAAAGUCCCUCAGACUGUCAGCAAACACAUCUUGGGACGCGAUGCGAUGAUCUGCCCGCCUCAGUUCCAUCGAGAGCUCGACACGCAACACAUGCGUGGAGUAUUGAACAGUUGCACCACACUACACAGCACCUAUCACACGUCGGUGCACAUCUGCUUCGUUCACGUCGCCGCGAUCGCGAAUGUCGCCACCAACUUGCCACAUCUGGCGAAGCUCCGCAGACAUUCAGGGCUGUCCUUCUUCCUGUAUGGCAGCGAUGAAACCGUUCCUAUGACCCAGUGGGGAAUUCGGGAGAUUUAUCCGUUCGGAGGGAUAUUCACUUUCACAGGAGAAGCCUGCGCCCGCAAUCCAUGGGGGAUCCUCAGCCUCAUCAGCGAUACGUAUUCUCAUCCACUCUGGGCCUGCUAUGUUCUGCCAGAGGCGCUGGGCAUGGCCCUGGUCCUGCUACAUGAGCGAGAAAAGUCUGAAAUCGUUCCAGGAGACGUUGAGGACAAGCUGCUUGCCAUGGUCGAGAUGGGCAAAAUUGCCCUUAUGAACACACCCAAGGUAGCCUGGAACACGUAUGAUAAGGCCGAGGGACAACAAUGGAUCAACGACCACUUGCUGUCCAGACCACGUGCCGUGGCAGCCAUUCGUGACCACUGCCUUACUGCCUUCCACAGAUUGUAUGGCGAAGUAGCCACUGAGGACAUUGCGAGUACUGCAAGGCAAGAUGUCGUACAUGACUUGCAAAGAGCGCAGCUUCAACCAGUGUUCUUCAACAACUAUCGGCGGUAUGUCGUGUUAGACUGUGUGGACGGUAGGGAUUGCAAUGGGGUCGAGUUGAGCACCGUCGCCAAGUUCAAGUUUGAAGACGACAGCAAAGGUGGCACGCUAGAUCCUUGAAGUGU